UUAAUUGACGUAUACGUCAAUUCAGAUGACAGCAUAUUAUCAAAAAACAUAUUUUUUUAAAUUUGAUCAUUAAGAUUGACUCGUCAUUUUAUUCAUACUAUGUCACUACCUUGGCAUAUUCCAUUAGAGGCUGCACCCUGUUUUAAAGAAAAACUCAAUGCGGUACAACCAACAUUGCUCAAACAUUACUGUAACAUUAAUGUACACGAAAAUCCUUGCGAGGAGCUACAAACGGGACUCAUGUGUGACAUAGGACUUGAUAACAGAGAACCAGCUACAAUACAAAGACUAAUAGCUUCAGGGAUGACUGUAGCACGAUUAAAUAUGCAAAAUUUAGAACCAGAAGCAUGCGCUCAACUUAUUCAAAGCAUCCGACAAGCUGUGUAUAAUUAUAGUUUAGAGCUAGAUUUUGUUUAUCCUCUAGCUGUCGUGGUUGAUGUCAAAGGUCCAGAUAUUGUCACAGGAGGACUGAAAAAUGGUCCACAUGCUACUGUUGAGCUUUUACAAACUGAAACAAUUCGGCUAACAAUAGAUCCCAGUUGGAGGGACUGUGGGACAUCGGAAUGCCUUUACGUAGGAUAUGAUCAAUUGACAGAUUUGAAUACAGAUGAUAUAAUUUAUAUAGAUAGCUUAUCACCAGGAAAAAUCAAACUAGUUGUUACAGAAGUGGGAGAUGAUUCCUUAGAAUGUCUUAUUGUUAUUGGCGGUACCAUUGGAGCUAGUAUGGCAGUGCGUAUAUCAUCAAUACCUAUGGAAGUACAAAGCUGUAGACGAGAUGAUAGUGCUGAUUCCAUUUCCGAUAUUAUUAGUUCAAGCCAAGCAUUUGAACAUUUAGAUGAACAAGUUAAUUGGGCUACAGCUUCAGAUGUUGAUGCUUUAUUAGUACCCAACUGCCAAGGAUCACAUGAUAUCAAACAAAUUAAAGAAAUGCUUUCAGAGAAAGGAAAACACAUUCUUGUCCUUGCUUGUAUAGAUACAGUCCUAGGGCUUGAUAAUAUAGAUGAAGUACUGGAAGAAGCAGAUGGCAUUUAUGUUGAUCGAUCUGUUUUGAGUACUGAUUUACCAGUAGAAAAAAUAUUUUUGGCCCAAAAACAGAUUCUUGCGAAGUGUAAUGCAGUGGGAAAACCUUGCUUAUGCAAAGCAGUACUUAAUGAACAAAUACCAACACUAUGCGUAACAGAUUUAGCAAAUCUCGUUUUAGACGGAGCAGAUGUUCUUUCUUUAGAACUUCAUUAUGAUUCACCCCUAAAGAAAUUUGCACCAUUGUAUGACGCUAUUCGUAUGGCCGAACAUUGCUUAGGAGCAGCUGGAGUAAUUUGCAGACAAGCAGAAAGAAUAACAUGGAAACCUAAUAUUCAUGGAAAUCAAGAUUUACUUAAAAAUCGUAACGAGGAUCCAACAAAAUCUGUUUGUAUUACAGCAGCUGAAUUGGCAGCAUUGUCGCAAGCAGUUGUAAUUAUAUGCUUAACGAAUUCAGGUCGUACAGCUAAAAUUUUAUCCUAUAUAAAACCGGUGUGUCCUAUCGUUGCCGUGACUAGAACUUGUCAUACAGCUAGGCAAUUGCGAUUUUGGCGUGGCGUACGCGCUGUACAUUAUUUUGAAUCUCCUAAAGGAAAUUGGUUAAAUGAAGUAGAAUCCAGGAUAUUUGCUGCAUUAAACUACUGUAAAGCAAAAAGAAUGCUACGUGCAGGUGAUGCAUACGUUAUCAUUUCUGGAUCACGUCGUGGUGUAGGAUAUUGUGAUUCGGUCAAACUUUUAUUUGCAAGUGUUCGGGAAGCAACCUAUUUGGAAUAGAAUUUUAAUGAAACAACAACGUUUCUUAAAUUUUGUAGAAAAUUGGUUUUAAUUUUGGAUUACCUAAUUUAAUGAUAUUACAAGUUCUCUAUAACUCGAAUUAGGAACACUGAUCAAUUUACUUUGCAUCUCAAUCUUUUUUUCGUUAGCUCACCACUAAUUUGUGUUCUUUUUUGGGUUUUUAAUUAUCCUUGUACUAAUUUGUCUGCUAUGUAAAUGGUGCUUGUAACUGAAAGCAACAGUAAUGUUAGGACGCGGAUAGCAACACUGAUUGAGAAGAGGAACAAUAAGUAAAAACAAAAAGUAUUAAAUAAAAAUAAUAAAUUAAUAUAUUCAUGUUUGAAAAAUGUAUUAAAUAACCAGUAAAUUUAAAAAAGUUAACGUGUUUUGUAUAGUUAUUUUAUAAAAUUUGGCUGUUCAAAAA